AUGGCAGAACAAAUGCAGUUAAAAGGGACUUUGAAAGGUCACAAUGGAUGGGUGACACAAAUAGCUACAAAUGCUCGUUACCCGAAUAUGAUUAUCUCGUCUUCUCGAGAUAAAACAAUAAUUGUGUGGAAAUUGGAUGCGGAUGAUAUGUCAGGAAAUUACGGCAUUCAGUUAGGUGGAAAAGCUGAAAGAGCAUUGAAGGGCCACGGUCACUUUGUUUCUGAUGUUGUGAUGUCUUCCGAUGGACAGUUCGCUCUUUCUGGUUCAUGGGACAAAACAUUGCGACUCUGGGACCUCACUACAGGUGUAACAUCAAGGCAGUUUGUUUCACACACAAAGGACGUAUUAUCUGUCGCAUUCUCUGCUGACAAUCGACAGAUCGUGUCGGGAUCACGGGAUAAAACGAUCAAACUGUGGAACACUUUAGCUCAGUGCAAAUAUACAGUUAGCGAAGACUGCCACACUGAUUGGGUUUCAAAUGUACGUUUUUCACCUUCAAGUUCAAACCCUGUAAUUGUUUCCGCCGGAUGGGACAAAAUUGUGAAGGUAUGGAACCUUGCUAACUGUAAGCUGAAAACGAAUCAUAUCGGACACACUGGAUACAUCAACACAGUUACUGUAUCGCCGGAUGGUUCACUUUGUGCUUCGGGCGGAAAAGACGGUAACGCUAUGUUGUGGGAUUUAAAUGAAGGAAAGCACUUGUAUACUUUGGGUGGCAACGAUGUUAUCAAUGCACUGGCAUUCUCACCUAAUCGCUACUGGCUUUGUGCUGCAGUUGGACCUGUGGUUAAAAUUUGGGAUUUGGAAGAUAAGAAACCUGUAGAUGAAUUGAAGCUGGAUGUUAUGGGUGGUGCCAAAUCUGCACCUCCACAAUGUAUUUCGUUAGCUUGGUCAGCUGAUGGUCAAACACUUUAUGCUGGAUAUACUGAUAAUGUAAUUCGCAUAUGGCAGGUUUCUGUUGCCCAAAUUCGAUCAUAA